AAGUUGCGCCAAACGACGGCCGUUAACCGCCCGUCGACACCUUGACAAUACGAUCGGCUGCCAAAGACUACCACGAGACAAUCCUACGCUGAAACCUCGAGGACCAUUGGCCAACUCAACUGGACCUCAAUCUGACCUGAUUUCGGAAAAAAAUCCCUCAAGCUAAUGCACAAACUUAUUUCCCCCUGACAUAACAUUGCGUCAUUUUUAUUUCGUACGUAAAGUUUUUGGGAAUUAGAGGUUUCCAUUAUCCGAUGUAAGUUAUAUACGUCAAUAGACGUGCCAUCUUCCAGAACAAGUGAACUGAGUCCCCGUCGGGUUAGCAAUUAUUCAGUUGCACCUAAGCUUGCUUCUCCCACAUGUUUUAUGAUCUAUUUUGCAACUCUUCAACGAGGACAACACCAUCAAGCGAUUUAGCAAUGGAAAACGGCCCACAGACUUUCGGUGGUAAGCCGUGCGCCCUGGCCUCGCCAAGCUGUUCGGUAAGUUACACCACAGCCCGGGCGGCUACUGGCACCGGAUUCAUGCAGGUACCGGCACCGGCCGUGGAGCGUGGGCCGUCUACCCCAACCUCCCACCUCCACCAUCCAUCUGCACCGGGGCCCGGGGGCUUUGCCUACGUCAAUACCCGGGCCGAUUGCCGCUUCGUUCAACCGGGAGCUGCGUCCGCUUCGUCUUCUUACGACGAACAGUACAAGAGUUACCGGUCGGCUUCGGCACUCUCCUUCAACAGCAUGGAGCUCUCGACGGGCCACGAGGCCGGCCAUCAUCGGAUGGACUUUGGUGGGCCGAUGCGGUACUCGGGCUCCAUGGGUGGUGCUACUGCGGCAGCCGUUAUGUACGGUGCAGCUAGUAAUCAUCAGGCUACACAGCAGCAUCUCUCGUGUCUCAACUACCCAAGCUGUGCUAAUCCCGCCGGUUAUCCCUUUGGUAUCUCCGGUACUGACGGCCCGCCGCCCGGCUGGAUGUUCACGUUAGCCGCUCUCCCGAGGCGCACCAAGCGCCGCCCUUACUCCAAGAUGACCAUCUUCGAGCUGGAGAAGGAGUUUCAGGCCCACCAGUACCUGACCAGAGACCGGAGAGCGAGGCUAGCCCAGUCCCUCAGCCUGACCGAGAGACAGGUCAAGAUCUGGUUCCAGAACCGCCGGAUGAAACAGAAGAAAGUCAACGAUAAGGAGAAGACCAAAGCGGCAGGGAAAACGGACAGGAAGAGCGAUUAACGUAAUAACGUCACGUGUCACGUGAUGUGUUGUCUGGAAUGAAUUUUCAAAUCAGGACAGGAAAGAGUCAGUCUUUCCCUGUUGUGAAGCGGUUAUGUGGCUCAUUUGUGCCAACCAUUAUUUCCAUUAGAACAUCGUUUCAUGUCCAUCAAAAAGAGCCAGAGUUUUAUUGUGGUUCUGUAAUUAGAUCAUGCAGUAUUUUACCCAAGCCAACUACGAUGACAUCCGCAUGAGACGUGGUAUACAGUGCGCCCCCAAACGCUUGUUGAAUAAAGCCUUGCAGGGGAUCAAUUCUGUUUUUCUUGCAGGAAAAGUGAAAACCGCACCCAUAACCGACCAUGCCUAUAGUCAGCUGGAUGCAAGUUGGACUGUUUUCCAGUCAAAUCGGACAUUUUUAAAUUAAAGAUCGUUUCCGACAUAUAGAGUGUGCAAGUUGAUCACAAAAUCCGGCGAGAUUUAGCAGGAAUAGAGAUAGAAAGUGAACGUGAACUUGCAAGACUUGCACAAUACCAUAGGCUUUAACAAUGGAAAUUUAUCCAGGCAUUGUAAGAAUCUGCUGAUGUAUAAAUAGUAAACAUUAGUAACAAUAAUUACUUGUUUAUAUAAUAUUAAAUUACACGUCCUGACGUUCUCGGCAGCCUGUGUGGAUAUUGGUUUAUAACUUGCCUCACCAUUAAAAUCUUUAGAGGAUGUACUUAAUUGAAAUUGAUAUGAAUGAAAUUAUCGAAAGCAUAUACAUGUAUAUCUUCUUUUUAAUGGAUGCAUCGAUUCUUAAUGAAUGUAAACAAAAGUUUAUAAAUACUGACCUCAGUCAGAAUUGGGUAAUGGAAUCGGGUACAUACAGGGAAUGCGAAUGCAGAGUCGGACGACCAGGAACGUUGCAGCUGAUGGAUGUUUGCAAUUUUAAAUGUGUGCAUCACCAAAGCUCGAAGCAUAUUACAAUUGCAAACGAUCUCAACUUUCGUUUUCGUCUUGGAAACAGUAAUAUAUCCAAAUAUUUUAAGUCGAGCAAAAUUCAUCCAAAAUUGUUUCUUGACUUACCGAUAUAAGUGACUGUGAGUGCUGAACAACAGUUCAGCACAUACAUGUACAGGCAAUCGGCCAUUUAAACAAAGUGCUCACGGGGCUUUAGCAAAAGUCCUUGGCCUGUUUAUAUUUGAAGUUGUUUCUCACUCAAACCCUGAAGUGUUGUCAAGAUCAUUGAAUAAAAUCUU